AUGAGUGAUUGUGAGGACAGAGCAGAGUCUCCAGUGUCCACCUGUCUGUCUAUGAAGAGUGACUGGUCCAAAGGAAGUCCUUCAACCUUCAGGAAUAAACCUGGACCCUCAGACACAAAACAGUGCAUCACCUCAUACUGGGACCAGUUUGCCAAAUCAGGAGACUCCUGUCCCCAGUGUGGAGCACGAUCCAAGACAAGACCUGGACUGCAGCCAGACAGUCAGACCAGCACUGUACAAAUGAAUGUUGGUCUCCAGGAGGUUUUACAUGAACAACAGAUCAGUCUGAGGAGACGUGAAUGUGUGAAUGAAGGAACUGAUGAAGCAGAGAGUGAAACCCUCCUCAACAGAAUCCACAGAAUCCCUCCUACAUGUGUUGAAAGGGUAACAGAAGUACAAAGCUUCACUGAUGCCCAGAAGGAGGAGUACUUCAGGAGUAGAUUCAGUGAUGAAGAGCUGUCCAGUAGAAUCAUCUCACACAUCAAGUCAUCCAGGAUUCUUCACAUCAUGUGUCGAAUCCCAGUCUUCUGCCAAAUCACUGCUACAGUUCUGGAGGACAUGUUGACUUCAGACCAGAGAGGAGAGCUGCCCGAGACCCUGACUGACCUGUACUCACACUUCCUGCUUGUUCAGAAACAGAAGAAGAAGAAGGAGAAGAAGAAGAAGAAGAAGAAGAAGCAUGAUGGGGAGCAUGAGAUGAGUCCACAGGUGCUGAUGGAGGCCGACAAAGAAGUUCUUCUGAAGCUAGGGAGGCUGGCGUUUGAACAUCUCAAGAAAGGAAACACCCUGUUCUACCAAAAAGACCUGGAGCAGUGUGGUCUUGAUGUCACAGAGGCCUCAGUGGUAUCAGGAGUUUGGACAGAGAUCUUCAAAAGAGAGAAUGUGAGCUUCCAGAAAACAGUCUACAGCUUUGUUCACCUGAGUGUUCAGGAGUUUCUGGCUGCAGUCUACAUGUACCACUGUUACACCAACAGGAAUGCAAACGUACUGAAGGACUUCCUAGGAAAAGACUACAGUUACUUAUCCCCGGAUGUCUUCCUCAGGCGAGCUAUGGAGAAAUCCUUGAAAAAUAAAAAUGGCCGCCUGGACAUGUUUGUUCGCUUCCUGCAUGGCCUCUCUCUGGAGUCCAAUCAGAGUCCCUUUGGAGGUCUGCUGGGUCAGACCGCCAACAGUCCAGAAAUCAUCCAGAGAGUCAUCAACAACCUGAAGGAGAUGAACACAGAGGGUAUCUCUCCUGACAGAGGCAUCAACAUCUUCCACUGUCUGAUGGAGAUGAACGACUGCUCAGUACAUCAGGAGAUCCAAGAGUAUCUGAAGACAGAAAACAGAUCAGAGACGAAACUCUCUGCAAUCCACUGCUCAGCUCUGGCCUACAUGCUGCAGAUGUCAGAGGAGGUUCUGGAUGAGUUGGACCUGAAGAAGUAUAACACAACAAAACAGGGACAAAAGAGACUAACCCCAGUAGUGAGGAACUGCAGAAAGGCUCGGCUUACUAGAUGUGGACUCUCAGAGACUCACUGUGAAGUUGUAGCCUCAGCUCUGAAGUCUAACCCCUCCCAUCUCAGAGAGCUGGACAUGAGCCGCAACAACCUGAAGGAAUCAGGAGUGAAGUGUCUGUCUGCUGGACUGGAGAGUCCAAACUGUAGACUGGAGGCUCUGAGAUUGAGACGCUGUGGUUUGUCACAGAGCAGUUGUGCUUCUCUGAUCUCAGCUCUGGUGUCCAACCCCUCCCAUCUGAGUGAGCUGGAUCUGAGUGAAAACAGGCUAAAGGAUUCUGGAGUGAAGUUGUGUGAUUUUCUGAGGAUUCCACACAGUAGACUGAAGACUUUGAGAUUGAGUCGCUGCAAGUUGUCAGAGAUCAGCUGUGAUUCUCUAGUCUCAGCUCUGAAGGACAACCCCUCCCAUCUGAGAGAGCUGGAUCUGAGCUACAACAUCCUGCAAGAUUCAGGAGUGAAGCUUCUGUGUGAUUUUCUUGAGAGUCCAGACUGUAGACUGGAGAUUCUGAGAUUGAAUUACUGCAAGUUGACAAGGAUCAGCUGUGCCUCUCUGGCCUCAGCUCUGAAGGUCAACCCCUCCCAUUUGAGAGAGCUGCAGCUGACAGGAACCAAGACGAAGGAUUCAGACAUGAAGCAGCUGUCUGAUCUUCAGCAGAGUCGAUACUGUAGACUGCAGUUUCUGAGGUCAGUAAAGAGUUGGAGUCAGUCCGUGCUGGUUUCAGCAGUAUUGUAUUAAACACAGUUAGUUUCAAAGGAAAG